UUCUUGGUGGUGAGUUUUUAGUUAAACCCAAUUGUAAAUCCACUACGAUCCUCAUAUAAUUAAAUUUUGCUGAUGAAAAAAGAAACCCCAGAAAUGAGAAGUGAAGACUCCACCUUUAUUUUUCUUCUGUCCAACAUUUUCUUGGCGACCAAGUAUGGCAUAAAGAGAUGUAAUUUCGUAAGUAUUUCUACCAAUUAAAAAAAAAAAAACUGGCUUCAUUAUUUAUUUUCUUCAAUUUUUGGGAAGGAGUUCAACUGCAAAGCAAUUAUAAUAGAAAUUAAAUGAAUGGGAAAAUCCAUUUCCCAUAUUCUAUAAUUCUGUGGAAGACAUUACACCUUCUGAGCAUUUGUUAGGUUGAGAAACUCUCAAUGGCAUUUGCAGGUUUCUUGUAAAAUUGGAGAAAAUUUCCCACUUCCAAGAUGUGUGCUUUCCUUCCUAGAAAAAAAAGAAUUGCAGGUGAUUUGAGUACCUUUGACAGUCAUGGCUCAAUUAUAAACAAAAUAAGAGAUGCUCAUACUGUCGCUAUAUUGAGGAAAACAAGGCAGAAACACAUGGUGUAUCAGUUCAGUGGCGUGAGCAAUACAUAAUAACAACACUCCUUCAAAUAAAAUAGAAGAAAAGAGGCGGCACGGGGCAGAACACCGAGGUGAAGGAGAGCUGGUGGAGCUGAUGUGGUUGACGACUUGAAAUUUGUUUUCCUGUUUCUUUACAUCUUAUUUUCUUGAUUGCCUACAAAGCUAUUGUCGCGGUAAGCUAGUAGUGGACUGAUUGCAGGAGCAGCACCAUUGGACUUAGUUCAAGAAAAGAAUACAGAGAGAGAGAGAGAGAGAGAGAGAGAGAGAGAGAGAGAGAGAGCCAAUGCAAAUACCCAGAACAGAGGUUUGGAAAUUGAGGCAAACGCCAAUGCCGAUGCCGAGACAAUCCAUCGACUCUCGCAAGCACAGUCACCACCACAAUUUUCUCCUCUUCCUCCUCCUCACACUUGUACCACAUGUUGCUUCAGCUGCAAAUGAUGAAGUUGUGACAUUACACUCAUGGCUUAACAGCUUCCCUUCACCCUCUCCAGCUUUCGCAAACUGGAACCGGCUUGACCCAAACCCUUGUAACUGGUCGUACAUCACUUGCUCUUCAGAAAACUUCGUCACCCAAAUCAAUAUCCAGUCUAUUGAACUUGCUCUUUCUUUUCCUUCCAAUCUUCCAUCCCUCCGUUACCUUCAAGAGCUCAUCAUUUCCAAUGCUAACCUCACUGGAAUGAUCCCUUCAGAGAUUGGGGACUGCACUGCACUAACAGUACUUGAUGUCAGCUCAAAUAGUCUUGUUGGCAGCGUUCCUGCAAGUCUCGGGAAGCUCCGGAACCUCCAGGUCCUCAUCUUAAACUCCAAUCAGCUUACUGGGACUAUUCCAGCAGAGCUCGGAGGCUGCAUAAACCUCAAAAAUCUCUUCCUUUUUGAUAAUCAUUUUAGUGGGAUUUUCCCUGCUCAGUUAGGCAAACUGUCAAAGUUGGAAGUAAUACGCGCCGGAGGCAACAAGGACAUCACUGGAAAAAUCCCUGCAGAGCUUGGAGACUGCCAGAAUUUGAAGGUGCUAGGUCUUGCUGAUACUAAGAUUUCCGGCUCAAUACCGUCUUCACUGGGUAGACUAAGCAAGCUGCAGACACUGUCAGUUUAUACUACAAUGUUGUCUGGUGUGAUACCUCCAGAUUUAGGCAACUGUUCAGAGCUAGUCAACAUGUUUCUGUAUGAGAACAGUCUCUCAGGCGCGCUUCCGCCGGAGCUCGGUUGCCUUUUGAAGCUUGAGAAGAUGUUAUUGUGGGAAAACAAUCUUGUCGGGACUAUUCCAGAGGAAAUAGGGAACUGCAGAAGCUUGAAGAUUAUUGACCUCUCCUUGAAUUCCUUCGCUGGUGGCAUCCCUCGGUCUUUUGGGAACCUUUCAAAGCUUGAAGCUUUGAUGAUUAGUAACAACAACAUCUCUGGUUCAAUCCCUGCAGCGCUUUCAAAUGCAACGAAACUUGUACAACUACAAGUGGAUACUAAUCAGAUUUCAGGUUCAAUUCCCGAGGAGCUCGGGGUGUUGACAGAACUCAAUGUCUUCUAUGCCUGGCAGAACAAACUUGAAGGAAGCAUUCCUUCAACAUUGGGAAAUUGUCGCAGCCUCCAAGCUGUAGAUUUGUCACACAAUUCUCUCAGUGGAAGCAUACCACCUGGCCUAUUUCAGCUUCAAAAUCUCACAAAGCUUCUCUUGAUUUCUAAUGACAUUUCGGGUUCAAUCCCACGGGAAAUAGGUAAGUGCAGCUCUCUGAUUCGUCUCCGGCUUGUAGAUAACAGAAUCAGUGGAGAAAUUCCAAAAGAAAUUGGAUUUCUGAAUAAUCUCAGUUUUCUUGACCUUUCCCAAAAUCGUCUUGUUGGAUCAGUGCCAGAUGAGAUUGGCAACUGCACUGGAUUGCAGAUGUUAAACCUAAGUAACAAUACACUUGGAGGCACUUUGCCCAGCACCAUGUCUUCCAUCACUGGGCUUGAGGUAUUGGAUGUAUCAGAAAACCAGUUUGUUGGUCAGAUUCCGGGAAGUUUUGGUCAUUUAUCGUCUCUUAACAGGCUCAUACUAAGCAGGAACUCCUUCUCGGGGUCAAUCCCCCCAUUGCUCGGCCACUGUUCUAGUCUUCAAUUGCUUGAUCUUAGUAGCAACAUGCUAUCUGGAAGCAUUCCCAAGGAGCUGUUUGAGAUUGAAUCACUAGAUAUUGCUCUUAAUUUGAGUUGGAAUGGACUAACUGGCACAAUCCCACCUGAAAUUUCAGCAUUGAGCAAGUUAUCUGUACUGGAUGUUUCACACAAUAUGCUUGGAGGUGAUUUGAUGCCUCUUUCCGGCCUUGAAAAUCUCGUGUCCUUGAACAUUUCACACAACAAUUUUACUGGUUAUCUUCCGGACAACAAGUUCUUUCGAGAGUUACCAGCACCAGAAUUGGAAGGCAACCGAGGGUUGUGUUCUUCAAGUCGCAAUUCAUGUUUCCUCAGUAAUGCUACGAGUUUGGGAAUAUCGGGCAGCAGUGAUUUGAGAUGGUCCAGGAGACUUAUAGCAGCAAUUGUGGCACUGAUUACUGUUACGGUGGCAAUGGCAAUUAUUGGUAUAGUAGCGGUUUUUCGAACAAGGAAGGCAAUUGGAGAUGAUAAUGAUUCUGAAUUGGGAGGAGAUGCUUCACCUUGGCAAUUCACUCCAUUCCAGAAGCUGAAUUUCUCAGUUGAGCAAGUUGUAAAAUGCCUAGUGGAACCCAAUGUGAUUGGAAAGGGAUGUUCAGGAAUCGUAUAUUGUGCAGAAAUGGAAAAUGGCGAAGUCAUUGCAGUGAAGAAACUUUGGCCAACGACAAUGGCUGCAGGGUAUGCCUGCAAAUAUGAACAGUUUGGUGUCAGCUAUGGGGUUCGUGAUUCUUUCUCGGCUGAGGUGAAAACUCUUGGCUCAAUCCGUCACAAGAACAUUGUUAGGUUCUUGGGUUGCUGUUGGAAUCGAAACACGAGAUUGCUUAUGUAUGAUUACAUGCCCAAUGGAAGCUUGGGCGGUCUCCUGCAUGAGCGGGGCAGCAUUUGUUUAGAGUGGGACUUGAGGUAUCGAAUAAUAUUGGGGGCAGCUGAAGGUUUGGCCUACUUACACCAUGAUUGUGUUCCUCCCAUUGUUCACAGGGACAUCAAGGCCAACAAUAUUCUCAUCGGCCUUGAAUUUGAGCCUUAUAUAGCAGAUUUUGGGCUUGCCAAACUUGUUGAUGAUGGAGAUUUUGCUCGAUCUUCCAACACUGUUGCUGGUUCCUACGGUUACAUUGCUCCUGAGUAUGGAUACAUGAUGAAGAUCACUGAGAAGAGUGACGUAUAUAGCUACGGUGUUGUGGUGUUAGAAGUGCUAACAGGAAAGCAACCAAUUGAUCCAACCAUACCAGAUGGGCUGCACAUUGUAGACUGGGUAAGGCAAAGGAGAGGUGGGAUUGAGGUGCUAGACCCCAGCUUGCGGGCUCGGCCAGAAUCUGAAAUUGAGGAGAUGAUGCAGACCCUAGGUGUGGCUCUGCUCUGUGUUAAUCCUUCACCAGAGGAGAGGCCAACCAUGAAGGAUGUGGCAGCAAUGCUCAAGGAAAUUAGCCACGAGCGAGAGGAGUGCGUUAAAGUUGACAUGCUUCUCAAAGGCUUGCCGGAAACUGGCCAAGAAGAAAAUAAUAAUUCUGUUGGAGGUCCAUCAACAGGGAUGCAAUGCUCACACCCACAAACCAACGAUACAAGCUUUUCUGCAUCUUCACUGCUGUACUCUUCAUCUGCCAAUGCCCAAAUGGCUUUCAAAUCUUCAUUCAAGCACUAAAGCAGUUAAAAGUUCCAAAACUUUGGUUUCCAUGUAACUAGGAGUUUAAAUUUGAUAGUUGUAGUUGCACUUGUACUUGGUAGAAAAACUUAUGGAACUGGCCAUUCCUGUUCUAGUUUAUCAGUAGACUUGGGUGGUUAAUGCUGUGAUCUGGCAUCAUGAUUAAUUCCAAGUCUGAUAAUUUUAUUUUACCUUAUCCUAUUGUCAAUGAAAUGACAAAUUCUUUAUUGGUCUUUGAUGACCAUGC